UAUGUUUACGAGGGACUCGAGAUUAGCACGCAACGAACAGAAACGAUAUGCUACAUGCAGCAGCACUGCACGACUGAACUAAAAAAAAAUACCUCUCGCAGAGGAGAGGUGCGUGCUGCACAAGUCUAAUGUUGAAUUUGGAAGAGGCAUCUGCGUGAUUAGCAUAAACCUGAGGCGAAGAGGAGGAGUAAAAGGACAGGGCAAGAACAAGGUGGGGCAGGGCGUAUAAGAAGCUGUCUAAAGUGAUCCGGAUCAGCGCCGGCCCUCCAGCUAAACAGCGCAUCAUAUUCAUAUCUCCAGUUUUCAAAAGCCACAUCAUAAUCUUUUUCACGUUCUGACAAAGAGGUGUUUUUACCCGACGGACGCCUCUCCUCUGCUUUCCUGCAUCCCUUCUUCGAGUUUAUUACAGUAUUGUUCUUCUAAAUAUAACUAUAAAUAUAAAUGCCUGCCCGCAAAUUAAUAAGCAUUACAUAGAGGGCGCACUCAGUCAUCGGUUCAUGCUCUCCUCCACCGAGAAAUAGACCACAAUGGGGCCUAAGACAAGAUAGGAGUCAGCAUGUGGGACAGGAGUCCCGGCCUUUCCUCCGUACCUUGACCCGGACAGCAACUGUACCUUUCUUUACCGCUGCUUCACACUUGCACCUGCACCAGUACCCUUCCCAUUUAUAAAUUCUCACCGCCUUCUCCUCUUUGCUCUGCCCCCAUUCCCUACUACUAGCAAGACGCUACUGUUAGGUAUUAGAGAGAGUUGGUAGAACUAACCGGUAACCAAUUCUCUUAUCCAUCCCCACUUUCCCCAAACCUGGUUUAUAAUUAAUUAAGGAAAAUCUUUGUGGUUCCCAGUCUCUUCGUAUCAAAGCUUGAAUCCUUUGAUUUUUUCCGACCCUCGAUGAGGGGAGUAGGGCGCCUAUUGAGUGGCAGUAAAGACAAUUGUUUGAGCGAUGGAAAGUCCAGAUUAUUCACCUCCUCAUGUGGACGCUUCACGGCCGUCUCUGGGAUUCCCUCUUGGCACAGCCCUCCUCCUGAUCGUCAUUUUCAGCUUGAGCGGUAUCUUUUCCUGCUGCUACCACUGGGACAAGCUCCGGUCCUUCCGCCGAUCUCUCCCCGGCGCCACGGAUCUCGAGGAAGAUGGUGUUCAAGACGCCUCGAAACCUAAACUUGCCCACAUGAACAUGAAGCAGAAUCAAAACCAGAGCUUGCCAGUACUAAUGCCCGGUGAUCAAAUUCCGAAGUUCAUUGCAAUGCCAUGUCCAUGCGAGCCUCCGAGACUGGAGAAAAUAGUUGUGGAGGUGCCCAAGAAGCCACGCCAAUGGCGAUCCCUUUGUACUAGAGAGCUCUCUCUCUCUGCUCCUGCCUACCUACGUUUGCGCCCGUUUCAUGUACAGUACUGAAGAAAUUUUACUACUCCAAUAGUAACUAAAAAAAUUAUUUUGCUUACGUUUCAAGUAAUUUAAAGCUGGCAAAUACCCAACCAAUAUAUGACAGAAUUUUCUGUGUUCUCAAGCACGCUUGCUUGGAAGACAUGAGCAAAAAGAAAAAAAACUCGGAUCUGUCCGUAGGUAGCUCUGCUUUCUGUUUCUGGUAUCCAGUAAUCGACAUCCAUCCUAAAACUUGCCAUAUUACUGCGUCAAUCAGGAUAUAAUCUUCUAACGUAGAUGAUAAAUGUGAACCCGGGUAGACAAGAGUUCAGAAACCACAGCCCAUACAUACGCAAUCCUCCUGUUUCCUUCAGUCGCUAAAUUUGUUUACUAUUUUGUUGCUUUUACUGGUGUAAUAUUUGGAAAACAUACUGGUGUAAUAAAGAUGGAAAUCGGUCUAGGACUCUAGGGCGAGAUCUCGGUCAGGUUGACUGUAAUAUUCCCAUUGUCAUGUUUCGUACUCAUCGCCGCUGCUCAGAAAUCCUCAAGGGAAUAGUAGUAUGUUUCUGCUGUAAAUAUACAAUAUGGUAAAACUAAAAAAAAUAAAAGCCAAGUUCACUUUUUUCAAUAUGGAUGCCACCUUUGCCUAAACAAGCCAUUUUUAAUUUUUUUUUUUGGCCUAGACAAGCCUUUUUUAAUUGCUCCAAUCAGUUCUUGAACCUCUUGGUUAGAUAACUUUUCUCCUCUCUCUCUUUCUUUCUCCCCCGGCGGGAAGCAGCACCUCCGUUCUCGGUUGAGCUUCUUGAAACUUGCUAGCACUUGCGUACCAGAGUUUGGAGAAAUGCUACCGUGCAUGGUACUAUUUCUGAAUUUCCAAAACCAGAGUGUCGUCUGCUGGUUCCUGUGAUCAUGCUCCCCUGGAACUGUAAGAUAAGAAGCACGCAUGACGGUGUCUUUUCUGUCAAGCAGCCGCUGCUUAAAAGUUUCUUGCAAUUCGGGUGGCAUGGCCAUUUCGAACCAGGAACGCCGUUGAAAGAGGUUCAAUUCGAGAAGGAACCGCAUGCGAUUCCAUCGUAUUAAAGAAUACAUUUUAUUUGAGAUAUUUGUGCUAUUCAAACACUCCUGUACCAUACCAGGAUUAAUCAUCAAUUUCCACCGCAAGGUCGCAAACGACUUAAAUUAGCAA